AUGGCAGAUAAUACUGACGAUAAAGUAAAAGAUGCUCCAGCUCCAUGGACUUUAAAGGGUGAGGUAGCUUAUGGUUUUAUGCAUGGAUCACGACCUGCUCAAGAAUUAUUUAAUGAAAAUCCUGAUCCUAUUCAAAGUCCGUUUCGUGGUGGUAUGGGUGGAUUACUUCUUAUUCGUUAUACGGAUUCACCUGUUGGUCCUUAUGAUGAAUUAAUCUUAAUGCCGGGUUCUUAUCAAUUUCAUGAUUCGACAUAUUAUCGUAUUUCACAAAUCUAUGUUUCCUCUCUCGAUUCAGUAAUUAAUGGACGACGUAACUGGGGUAUACCUAAGAAAUUAGCUCGAUUCUCUUGGAAGGAUAAUAAUACAUAUGUCGAAAUAUUUUUGCCUGAUGCAAAUGAACCUUUUUGUACAAUACGAGUUCAACCACGACUUUACUGUUUACCUGCAAAUAGUGCACUAAUCCCGUCAAGUUUUCGAACAAUUCUUCAACCACCUCUUGAAGAAAAUGAUAAUAAAAAUACUUAUUUAAAAACGAUUUUAUCAUCUAAUGGAUGGUUUCGACCAGUCGUUCAAUUAACGGAAUUUCGUACUGAUGGAAAAGAAAUUCCUUCACAUGAAAGUUUACCUAUGUAUACAUAUGGUGUUGGUUAUGAAGCAUUUACACUUAUAUUUCCUAAAGUCGAAGAAGUUGUUUAUUAA